CUAAUGUUUAAAAAUUGUCUCCUGCUAGGACUCUCUCCCCCAACGCCUAUUAGGACUCUCCCAACAAAGAUUGACGCAGUAGGAGUUACAGACGAAUCAACAGGAACAACAGGAGGAGGAGAAGCAAUGGUUCGCCAUCACAAGCUUUGUCUCUCAAUUGAUAUAGAGCGUCGAAUUUACGGUUACACAGAGCUUCAUGUGGUUGUUCCUGAAAAUGGAAUUGUUGGGUUGCAUUCUGACAGGAGGACGUAUAGUCUGUGGAUGAACACCAAAAAGGCCAAGAAAACUCAGAUAACGGGCUGCAAUCUUCAGGUGAAUUCAAACAGAAAUCUUGCUGGAUGUGGUUUCACUGGCGGUGUCCCAUAUUCCAUAUCACUAAUGACUAAGAUCGAGUACAUAAAUCUUAGUCGCAAUCAACUACAGGGCCAACUAAAUGACAUGUUUGGAUCGCUUUCAGCUCUCUCUACUUUGAACCGAAAGUGCAGCAUACUGGCCACCUUUCUCUCAUGAAAUUUUCUUUGUGUUGAUCUACAUUGCAAGGACAUUUCAAUUUCUCACUUGCCAGGAGUUAAAUUUUUUGCUUUGCUUUGCUUGACACAAUGACAUAUGUAAUCUUCCUUGAACCAGAGUAUCUCUUUUAAUUCCAUGACAGGUGAUCUUCCUGAAAGUUUUACCGUUCUUUCAAGUAUGGCCAAUAUGUAUUUGUAAAACAACCAGUUUACAGGCUCUAUUGAUAUCCUUGCUAAUAUUCCCCUGCAUAAUUUGAGAGAGGGCAACUCAUUGAGUUCCGAUCUUGCACCACCUCCACCUGGAACUCCUCCAUCCAGCAGUAGCAACCGAAAUAGAAAACAAAAUGACAAUAAAAACUCAUUAGAUGGUGGUGGAAGCAAGAUAUCCAUUUUAGUUGUUGGAGCCGUGGUUGCAUUCUUUGUAGUCAAGAAAAGGUCCAAAAGAUCAUCUGCAAAUGUAGAGAAAGCUGAUAGUCAGCCUUUCACUUCUUACGCUUCACAAGAAGUCCAAGCUCGGUCAUAAAGUCUAAAGCCCAUUUGAUUGGAAGGAAAGGAAUGAGGUGGUAACAAAAUGAAAAGUUGAAAAAAAUAUGGAUAAGCAGCAAAGGAUGUAGGAGGAACUAGUAGGAAGCGUGAAAAAGAUUAUAGUGCAAAAUUUCUAUGAUGAGGUUAGUAGCAUGAUAAUUUUAUUUUUUUUCCGAUUUUAUGUUCAGGUGAUAAAUUCUUGUGUGGUCAGUACAUCUUGCAUAUAUAGGUGAAGAAAUUCAGGUAAAUAUGCUUGGCAGCAUCUUUUUAUCUAUAUGCAAUGAAGAUCUCAUAUCUUGGUCUUUAAUAUGUAUGUGGUGAAAUUCAGCUUACAUCUGAUCAGCCUAAUCAUGAUGAAAUAGAUUUUGAGUUUCUUGGAAAUGUGUACGGGCAGCCUUACAUACUUCAGACCAAUAUUUUUGCUGAUGGCUUUGACAGAUAAGAAAGGAUAUAUUUGUGGUUUGACCCGACGAAGGAUUUUCGAACAUACUCCAUCCUCUGGAAUCUUUACCAAAUUGUGUUCAUGGUGGAUUUUGUUCCCAUAAGGACAUGCAGGAACUAUGCUGACAAGGGAGUUGAAUAUCCAAUUUGGCAACCAAUGAGCAUUAAAGUGAGCCUAUGGGAUGGCAACACGUAUUAAUUGGUCAAAGGGUCCCUUUUAAGACCUCAUUCAGGAACUACCAGAUUGAUGCUUGUGUGUGGAGAGGGAAUGCAAGGUUUUGCAGAGGAGAAAGCUUGACAAAUUGAUAGCAUAAGGAGAGGUUUAGGUCAUUAAGCCAGACACAAAGAAGGUGGUUCAAGUGGGUGAGAAAACAUCAUCUCAUAUAUGAUUAUUGCCAAGAUAAUAAGAGAUUUGAAAAUAACCUCCCAAAGGAAUGAUCCUUUGCCAAGUUUUGAACAAGACUUGAAGAAUGAAGUGGCAAUCAUUUGACUCUGUUUUGUGAGUUAAGUGUCCUCAUCUACUUAAAAAAAGCAAUUAUUUUGUAAUUUUUUAAGAUCUGAAUUAUAUUGAAAUAUAGUGAAAUAUUUUAGUACUGUAUCUUACAAAGGUGAGGAUAAGCAAUUUGCUGCGGAGGAGAUUUCUUCCAUGGUUCUGAUUAAAAUGCAUGAGAUUGCUAAGGCC